AUGCCUGUGGGAGCAUGGGACAGUCAUAUGCAUGUAACUUCUCCCGACUAUCCCCUAGCAAAAUCAGCUGCAUAUAAGCCAUCUCUACAUAGUCUGGACCACGCCAUGGCUUUCGAAAAGACGAUUGGUAUUGACAACAUCGUGCUCGUCCAACCCUCUAUCUAUGGUAACGACAACUCUUGCCUCUUAGACGCUCUAAAGGAAAUCGGACCAACUCGUGGUCGAGGCGUGGUGUCGUUUGAUCCAGACGAUAUUGCCAGCGAUACAUUGCAACAAUGGCACAGACUAGGUGUCCGAGGCGUCAGGCUGAACUUCAAAUCCACAAACGAGCCAUUCGAUCCCGAUGCCGUCAAGCAGACCUUACGAAAGUAUGCAGCGGUCGUGAAGCCCCUCGACUGGGUCAUUGAGCUGUUCAUCGAUCUUGAGCAACUUCGCUUCAUAACCGACAUUAUACCUGAACUCGGAGUCAAGUUUUGCGUUGCUCAUUUCGGCGCUCCAGACAUGAAACGCUGGACCUCAUAUCCUUCAGAUGCGUCCAACGUGCCAGGCAUGCAACAUUUGACCACGCUUUUGUCACAAGCUGACAACCUUUGGGUCAAAAUCUCUGCUCAUUAUCGCUAUGACCUUUCCAUUGAUAAAAUGGCCGGAAGUGAAGCCAUAGCAAAGUUGUUGUUAGACACUGCGAAAGACAAGAUGGUUUUUGCAUCAGAUUGGCCACACACACGUUUCGAGGGCUUAGACGUGAAGCCCUUCGUUUCCAAGUGCCUGGACUGGUCAGAAGAAUUCGAUGCGAAGGACUUGGUGUUUCGAGACAAUGCGAAACGCCUGUGGGACUGCGCUUAG